AUGGAGCCGCCGUCCAAUAAGCCUACCCUGCAAGGGCCAUCGGGCAAACGUCGCCGCGUAGCCUUGGCUUGUGAAUGUGAUGGCGUCCGGCCCCAGUGUGGCAUGUGCAGAGACUUGGAAUUUGAAUGUAUCUACAUGCCACCAGUCACUGCCACUAACGUGAUCGUCCAGAAACACUACCUCCAAGAUAUGGAGUCACGGGUGAAGUCGCUUGAGGUCAGCCUCACCAACAUUCGAUCGGACCUGUCUGGCCUGGCGGAGCACCUCACAAACAGAAGCCCCGUGGGCGAAGGUCCGGAGCCUAGACAUGAGCCUCUUGCUGACCUGGCUGGAACCGAGGACCCAAUUGACGCUAUGGGCGCGGUGACCUUCGCAGAUGAGGAGGACUGCGGAUAUUUUGGCCCGUCAUCAAACAUCGCGUUCUUGCGGCACCUAUCCCGCGCGGUGUCAUACACAGGAAGCAACCAAAAAGAAACUCACUCACCUCGGAUAAACCAAAUUGCCUACGAUGGCGGCUUUGUCAGCGCCACCCGGCACCCAUCGCCGUUAUCAAGCCGCACGCCUACGACUGUGCAUCCCGGGCUCGCGACGAAUCUAGCCUUGCCGUCCGAUACAUUACAGCUGAUUCGCCGGUAUUUCUACCAUACGGGAUUGCUGUUCCCAUACAUACACCCCCGGGGCUUCCUCGAGGUGUAUCACCAAUUCAAGAACAAUGUCAGGAAAGUCCGCCGAACCUGGUUAGGCUUGCUGAACAUCAUGCUGGCCAUGGCAAAGGUGACCGCCGUGUCCGGCCACGCGCCUGCGGAAACAAGGAUCGAAGAGUCCACCGUCUACUAUCGACAGGCGUUGAACCUGUGCCGAGGCGAGAUUCUACGAGGGACCACAUUGGAAGUUGUGCAGUUCCUCCUGCUCAUGGGCCAAUAUCUCCAGGGGACGCAAAAAUCCGUCCAGGCGUGGACCGUUCACGGGCUCGCGGUCAAGGCCGCCCUGCAGCUCGGGCUCCAUUCGAAGGACGCGUCCCAGGCCUUCUCCCCUCUUGAGCGCGAGAUACGAAAGAGAACAUGGUUCGGCUGUGUGGUAUUGGAUCGAACUUUGAGCAUGACCUUCGGACGACCGCCGGCGAUUCCCGACAGUUAUGUUCAGCUAGACCUCCCGAUCUUAGAUAGUACCACCGAGGUCCAACCUUUCGUCGACAAUGAGACCAUACAUCACAGCAUCCAGUUCUAUAAUUGCACCAUAACCCUGUACAAGCAGAUGGGUAAUAUCAUUGACCAGAUCUAUGGUCAAAAUUUGGCCUGUGGGCCUGGCCUGUCUGUUAGUGAGACGGUGGGCCGGGUGCUGGCGAUCGAGAACCAGCUGUUCUCGUGGAACAUGGCGCUUCCGGACAGCUUUCGUCAAUUAUCGCUGCAGGGCCUUCGCAAGGGAAUUGAGCAGUCGCAGGCCCUCGGCCGGCUGUUUCCCCUGAAGUUUCGGGUUAUCCUGACCCUGCGAUAUCUCCACAUCCAGAUCCUGUUGCAUCGGCCUAUCCUGGCGAAGUUUCUCGACGCCAGCCACGCGUCUUGUCUGGAGCUCAGCGAAGAGCGGAUUCUGAAUGACAUCGGCUACAGUAGCAUGAAAAAGUGCGUCGAAUCAGCUAUGGGUAUUAUUGACAUGGUCCACGAACUUGUUUCUGGGACUGGGUGGCAGCAAGAUCUCCUUGGGGCGUGGUGGUACUCCCUGUACUACACCUUCAACGCUGCGCUGGUAAUUAUCGGUGUGACUUGGGUGCAGCGCACGAGGCAGUCGGCCCGAGAUUCCCCAGUGCUCCAGACGCUGGACAUCCUGAUAUAUCCUGAUCGCGCCGUCGCAACCUUGCAUCAAUUAGAUACGGGCAAUCGGAUGGUGGACCGCUGCAGGUACUACCUCGAACAGUUGAUAUCUGUCCUACGUUUACAACCAGAGGAUCCGACUGGUACAGACCCCACCCAGCUUGAACCGGCAGCCGUGGGCAGUGCGAACCCAGAUUUCAACUUUGCGUCGUUUGGCAUUGAAUGUGGGGAAUUCAUGUUGGAGGAAUUGUUUACCAACAUCACACACGGAUCGACUUAUUGACGUUGUCAGCCUACGUCCUUAUUGACCGCGCCUACAGUCCUCAAGCGUGAGCGGGUAAGGAUGGCUCUGGAAUAGCAUUGUUUCGAUCCUUCAAAACGACUACACCUACAAUGCAGUUUACUGGUAUUACUCUGUCUGUGGUUCAGCAUCUCUCCAUCCACCCAGCUUCCAUGUGGAUUCUGGCCUGCAGGUGAGCGAAGUUUUGCCUGUCCCGCAGAUGGAGUUUGCUGGAUAUCAUCUCAUAAUUAUUAAACAGCAUUAAAAUAUAUCCCCCCAUCUCCCCCGUGGUCGAGUUCCUUCCACGGGAUAAAGACCGGCUCUUGGACAAGAUGGGGUUUACCGGGAAAUAAGACCUCAAUUUGCCUUGUAGCGUUGUACAAGGGAAACCGCACAACACUCCCCCUGUUUGACACAGCCCAUUUCAGAUCGGUACCCAGCUGCGAGCCCGUCGGACCGAAGUAGCAGUGGCGAUAGGGAGGGUGGUGAACCGGCAGUCGAUCGGGUAGAACUGAAAUG